GCGAUUGGCGCUCCCAGUCCUUCCGCCCAGGCACCCAGAGAAAAACGGACACGCAGGAUUCAAACACGGGUCUGUUUCGCUUUCAGUGUGCCGCAUCUACUUUCCUCCAUCGCCACGAAUCCGCUCCGUCCUCCACGUCUCCAUUGCUGCGACGCCGGGCACAAAUGGAUCCGCCGACGAUCGCGCAAGCCGAUGCGCCCGCAGACGGUCCACACGCUUGGACAAAUCUGAGCCGGAUAGGCAGCGAAGCCGACGCUCGUCUGGCUGACACACCGCUGGCGAUCGACCGGCCAUCGGUGGUGUCGUUCAGCGCCGAAACACCGCUCCAGAAUCGGGAAUCGCUCUUUGAUACCAGCCGCACCCAACACACCAGCACGACGCGAAGGAGAAACGAUCGGGCGCUGCGAGACAGCUCGAGUGAGCUCCGGAUCAUGGAGGACGAGCCGGCCCCGCAUCCGAUCGUCCAGGUGCCGGGCGGCUCGUCCGCCUUGGCUUUGCCCGAGCUUUCAUGGGGUCACCGCCGGGUGUCGUCCGCCAUGGACAAGGACGAGCUGUCGGCCAAGUUGUGGAAUGCCUCCUUUCCGGGCUCAGCCGGCGGCUCGAGCAUUGACUGGGAUCGCUCGCGGCGGCCAUCGUGUGCCGUCCGGGCGAGUGUCUCAAGCACCGGCCAUCACCGCCACGACCACCUCGAAGCUUCGCUGCAGGAGCUGCUUGACAGCGCCCUCAAGAAGAACGAAAAGCUCGAGGAUGAAAACAGGGCCUUGAAGUUGCAGCGGCAGGUCGUCGACGACGAACUCGAGGCUCUGCAGCAGAUCGUCAAGGCCCUCGUUGCCGACCGCGAAGCUCCCUCGCGCGACGAUGUGCUUGCGGGCGGGACCGUGGGAUCGCUGGACUCGGAGGAGCUCGAGAGGAGCAAUGUGCAGCUGCAACGACGCAUCGAGAUUCUGGCGGAAGAAAACACAGCGCUGAAGGACGAGCUCGCCGAGCUUACCAUCGAGCUGGACGACCAGGACACCCUGUUCAAGGACCAGCUCACCGUGGCCGAGCAGACCAUCCACAAGCUUUCAUCGCAGCAGACCCACACCCACGACGAGCUGGAAAUCGCCUUGGCCGAGCGCCAAUAUCUCCGUGAAGAGGUCGAGGAUCUCAAGGCCGAGGUCGCCAAGCUCAGCGAGCGGCUCUCGCAACACACCGAGACUCGGGCGCAUGUGCCGGAACUGCCUCUGCUCGGAUCAAGGGAGCUGAACAGCGACGAGGCGAUGGGCUGGACAGCCGCAGGCCCGGCAACCCAGAGCCAAGAGGCCCAGGACCUUGUUUCUCAGGAUCCGGAGGCUUACUCCGAUCGCAAACAGACAUCGUCUGGCGCGGAAGCCAGCGACCCGCAACAAAGCCCGACUGCUCUAGCGGAAGCCCGCAUAUCCAGCGAGGAAGAGUCGGCUUCGCCAGCAUCCAUCUCCGCACCCCAAGAAUAUCCGUCGGUCGAUGAUCAAUGGUCGGUCUUUAUGGUCUCUGCCGACGGGCCACAGCCUCAAACAAGCUCACAGGGCGCCUCGGCCAGAGAGAGUAUCGUAUUGUCGCACUUUAGCCAUUCCGGGACGCAAACGGAAGACACCGAGCCAACCCGCGCAGAUACGCAGGAUGUUGCUGUCGGUGAAAGUAUUGAAAUUCCUUCUCUGGACACUGCCGAGACCCAGACCGACGAUCGAGAUCCAGAGCCAAAGCCAGAUCCAGAGCCAAAGCCAGAUCCAGAGCCAAAGCCAGAGCCAGUGGUCCAAGCCGAGAUACUCGAUGCACCGACUCACGCAGAGGCAUCGACACAAGUCGAAGCCUCGAUCCAGACCGAUCUCCCAACCAACACCGAAGCCCCAACCCAAGCAGCAACAGCCAAAGCACCCAGCAACGACGCUGCAACACAAACCCCAACUCCCCGCUCGACUCCGCGCUCAAACCGCAGACGCAAGGUAUCCAACACCAUCGAAGAAAUCCAGGGGAAUCUGGUGGGUGGCGGCAGCGGCAAUACAAGCGGCAAUACCAGCGACAAUGAGGACGACGACAUCCUUGGGCCCAUCGAGCUGAGACGAAGUUUGCCCAAGCCAUCGAUUCCAAAACGAAUGUCGUCGCUGAUCAGCGCCGCUGAGAAUGUGCUUGGGAACCUGUCGACUGCCACAGCACUGUCGCCUUCGGUCGGAUUACCAAUGUCGGCCGUGCAAUCGACGCCGCCGGGCCUCGAUAUCGGAGAGAGCCCAACACAGGCUCGGCCUGUUUCGAUCGAACAGCUGCAGCUUGAGCGCGAUCGCUACCAAGAACAAUACGAGGAUUCUCAGAAGCGGGUGCACGCACUUGAACUGGCCCUCCAAGCGCUGCGAAAUGCCAGCCUGGAGGUCGAUCCGGCUGCCGACGCCGAGAUGAAUGCCGGCUCUGCCACGCUGUCUGAGCCGCCGGGCGAUGGCGGUUUGGCUCCACCACGCAAGUCAUCCCGGCCAGCGCGAAGUCAUAGCAUGGGAUCGUCGCCGGAUCUGCAUAGCAGGACCCCUCGCUCGAGAGCGGUAUCGUCGGACUUUGGUGAGAUACCAAACUCGUCGGAUCGAUUAGCAGCGGCCUCGGUAAGGACUGAUUCGGCUGGCAAGGAAGCAGCGCUGUCGAGCCACACGCUUUCGCUCCUGGAAAAGAUCGAAAAGGUCAACUCAGACGUCCGAGAACUCCGACAUCGAAUGGAGCUCAAGCGGGAAGAAACUGCUCGCAAGCGGGUCACGAUUGCCAACGCGCCGUCAGCACCAACCUCGAUAUCAUAGCUUACCCAUCCGGCACCACCAUGCACACGAAGGGCUCCUCAUCCUGGAAACGGCAGCGUCGCGGUGGCGCAGAAUGUGACUAUUGCACACGGAUGGAGAAGCCAACGUGGCUACUGCGGUGCGGGUUCUGUCCUUGUUCGAUGCAUGGAGCACGUAUGCACCAACCGACCGAAAAGAUCUCGACAACAA